CACUCCUUCACGGCUCCUCCUCUCCUCUGCCCUUUCGUAGACACUCCAUCGGAGAAAGCCUCGCCAAACUGGACCUCGUGAGCAGAAGCUGAUUCCUAGGAAUCCUCGGGUCGAUUGAUGCGGACGCGAUCAAGGGAUGCCGCCGAAGCAGGCCGCGAAGAAAACCGACGUGGCGAAGAAGCAGAAGAUGGUCGAGGACAAGACCUUCGGGCUCAAGAACAAGAACAAGAGCAAGAACGUCCAGAAGUACGUGCAGACCCUCCAGCAGUCCGUGCAGCCCAAGACCGAUCCUUCCAAGAACGCCGCGAAGAAGAAGAAGGAAGAGGGUAAGGCGAAAGAUAAGGAGCUAAACGACUUGUUUAAGAUUGCCGUGAGCCAGCCCAAGGUGCCUGUCGGUGUCGAUCCCAAGUCCAUCGUGUGCGAGUUCUACAAGGCAGGGCAGUGUGCUAAAGGUUUCAAGUGCAAAUUCUCUCACGAUUUGAAUGUUCAGCGCAAAGGAGAAAAGAUCGAUCUUUACAGCGACAAACGGGACGAUGGUACAAUGGAGGAGUGGGAUCAGGAGACUUUGGAGAAGGUCGUCGAGUCUAAGAACAAGGAGUAUAAGCAGAAUAAGCCCACUGACAUCGUGUGCAAGUACUUUUUGGAAGCAGUGGAGAAGAAUCAGUAUGGUUGGUUCUGGGUCUGUCCAAAUGGUGGGAAAGACUGCCAUUACCGGCAUGCACUUCCUCCUGGAUAUGUCCUGAAAUCCCAAAUGAAAGCUUUGCUCGAAGAAGAGCGCGAAAAGACGCCCCUCGAGGAAGAAAUCGAGAAUCAGCGUGCCAAAUUGGCUACUCUGACUCCUCUGACUCCCGAAUUGUUCGCGAUAUGGAAGAAGAAGAAGAUUGCAGAGAGAGACGCUCGGUCAGCGGCACUUAUAGAAGAGAGGGCUAAGAAUGACCGAAUGAGCGGCCGCGAGCUAUUCCUGUCCGAUUCAAGCUUGUUUGUCGAUGAUGUUGAGGCAUGUGAAAAGCAAUUGAGAGAGGAACAAUCUCGCAUCAUGAAAAAGCAGGUGGAUGGCAGUUCGGCAGGAGAUGGAUCUAGCGCCUCAUCGAUGGAAGUUGGCGAUGGUGAAGUCCUUCAGAACGAGGACGCUGACGAGCUGGAUGCUAAUGAACUUGAUGAGCUCGAGGCUAGCCUGUCGGGAACAGCUAUACAUAUCCAGGAGCCGCGGGUCGGAGCAUAAACUAUGAACUCCAAAGCGAUCUUCAGAUCUCCAGCUCGCUCAGAUACUCGAACCAGACACGCAGUUUUAUUUAUAUAGUUACCACGCAAGAUCAGCCUUCGGGAUAAUUAUGGCCAUUUGGCAUUUAGAGAUAAUCAGAUAAAUGUCUCUUUCUUUACAACGAUAUUUGGUUCAU